AUGCGAGCUCUCUUUGGCAGGCGAAAGAAGGAAAAGGAAAGGGAGAAGCUAGACAGCAAUGUGCGAGACUACCAUUCUGCGCUUCUCAGAGCAGAGGUGCAGAGCUCCGCUGGUGUGGGCGCAGCUGCAUCGCCGUCUCUCGGUCAUGGCAAGACAGCGUCCCUCGGUCGGUUCAGUACGCCGCCAAUGCGGUCCACUGGCUUUGAGGAAGCGGUCAUAGCGACACCCAAAAGCACGAGAACGAUACCCCGGAGUCCUCCGAUGCCAGGUUCGCCACCCUCACUCCGAUCUCGUGUAUCCACAAGCAACCUCUCGACCACGCGAGAGAUCCGCUCGCAUUUCGAUCCAGAAACGCUGCCCCUGCCUUCCUCGCCCUCACUGUCAUUGCGCGAUUCUGGCUUUGUGGAGCAGCAGCCGGCUCAGACAAAGCGAGCGUCGACCAUCAAAUCAUUUGCAUCACAUCACAGCGCAAAGACAGUAGACCCAUCACCUCGAAUAGCGAAACAGGCGGACGCAUCAUCAGAGCCAAUCGCAACAAACAACAUUGGACAGAGACUAUCCGAGCUUGCGGUCGCUCACCAGGAUGGGCUCAUAGACGAUGAAGAAUAUCGCACGCUACGCACUGCCCUCUUUGUCAAAUUUGAUGCAGACACUCGGUCCAGGCGGCAAGCGGACGAAGAGGCGCGACAGCCACGCCUGUUUGGCAACCCACUACCAGACGAGCUGCGCGAUCCGCAGACUCGGGCAAAUGGCGAGUUGCAAAGUGAGAAAUCACUCAAGUCUGCGCAGACCAACAAGACAGGUCGAACAGUCGGUAGCUAUCUGCGUCGAAGAGUCUCCAGUAUCAAGUCUCGAGCAAGUCACGGUCUCGGCAUCAUAAACGGCGAUGUCGAGACUGACAACGAAGACGAUGUGCGAUCGGCUAGCAGUAUGCAAAGACAAUCCAGUAGUAGCUCUCGCAUUUCCAUGCCAAAGCGCACUUCAGUACGUGCCCUGCGAGGCCAGACGAGCCUUGACGAGAUUGCGGAAGCGUCGCCGCACGAGCCUAUGCGCAUACGCACUUUGCCGAAAGACAGCAUGCGUCCAGGCCUGAACAGCAUGGCCGAAUCUGAUAGUCUACCACUGGCGUCCGACGGACCCCGCAUACCCAAUGGCCAUGCAAACGCUCAGCAGACUCCCGGAGCGUCCCUGCUCCGAUCAACUUCGAUAUACAGACGAGGUCAAAGCUCGCGCACAAUGAUCGACUCCGUCCUCUCAGAGCACGAAGCCACGCCAGCUGAGCUGCGGCGCGAGAUUGAUGAUCUCAAGAACGAAAUGAACCGUCUCACAGCUCUAUCGGACGGCGACUUUGCGAAGAGAUAUCAGGAGCGCAUCGAGUACCUCGAGGCGCGCAUACAAGCUAGCUCGAUCAAGAAAGCGCUCAGACGGUGA